AUGUCUUUAUACGAUGAUUUAGAUACUAUCAAAACACGAACAACAGAAAAGGUAGCGGGAUGGUCCUCAGGUAUCAAGUUAUUACAAUCACAGCUACAGUUAAAAAAGGCGGCCGUAACUCAACCUAAAAGAGAAGCUUUACGGCGUACUACACAAGUACUAACUCCAGUAAUAGACUUAAAAAGUAAACAAAAAGAUGAAGAUGAAUUGAAUUCAAACAGCCCAAGUUUACAACUUAAGACAUUCACACCUUCAUUAAAUGUUUCUGAUUUUGAUUGGAAUGUCGCAAAUGAAUAUGAUCCUAUGUGGCCAAAUGAUUAUGAAAAGGUUGCCAAAGAGCUUCUAGCAAAACGACUACAGCUAGAUGGAGGGGACAGAAAUGAAAGAUCAGAAAGGAAACGUAAAUCAAGAUUCGGUGAUGAUGAGCCCAUAAUUCCUGAAAAGACUCUUAUUCCAAUGCAACCAGAGGAAGAAGAAGCUGAAGAAAUAUCGAAAAGAGCAGCCGGUGCUGCCAUAGCCCCGCCACCAUCAUUGACUGCCGAGACUGCAUCUCCACCACCACCGCCGCCAUCUGCCCCAGUAACUGCACCCUCAGCUGGUUUCUCAAUUGGUGGCUAUGGUGCCAGCUCUGUUGCAGCUAAAAUUAUGGCUAAAUAUGGUUUUAAGGAGGGUCAAGGUUUAGGAAAAAAAGAACAAGGGAUGUCUGUGGCUUUGCAAGUGGAGAAGACAUCUAAGAGGGGUGGCCGCAUUAUUCAUGAAAAAGAUGGUAACGUCAUGCCUCCACCUGGUUUUGCUAUGCCGCCGCUACCUGGUCCAGAUUCACCGAAUGCAUCGUCUAAUUCACCACAAAUGUCAAAAUCGGAACCUUCAAUUACGGAAAUUAUGAAAUCGCCAAGUAAAGUUGUAUUAUUGAGAAAUAUGGUUGGGCCAGGAGAUGUUGAUGAUGAACUCGAACCAGAAGUAAAAGAUGAAUGUAACACAAAGUAUGGUGAUGUUAUAAAAGUGUUGAUUUUCGAACUACCCAAUGCUCCAAAUGAAGAGGCUGUACGAAUAUUCGUUGAAUUUAAAAGAAUUGAAAGUGCUAUUAAGGCUGUUGUAGACCUAAAUGGUAGGUUUUUUGGUGGUAGACAAGUAAAGGCCGGCUUCUAUGAUAUGGAAAAGUUUAAUGCUUUACAAUUAACUGAAUAG